AUGCCGUCUGUGUUUCGCACGUACGAGGCACAGAGCCGUCUCCUGGCUGCCGUCAUUGCGAGUCUUCCGACGGUUAAGCUCGACUAUUCUGCCAUUGCCCUGCACUAUGGCUCUGAUGCAACCAGGUCCAGCGUCGAACACCGCUUCCGGCCCAUCAAGCAGCAGGCGUCUCUGCUUCGCCAGGCCGUAGCGAGCAAGGAGGACGCCAAGGAGCUGGCCAGCAUCUUUCACCUGGGUGACAAGGAAAUUGCAAAAUACUAUGGUGAAUCCACUCGUCUGGGCAUCGAGUUCCAGUUUCGGGCCAUCAAGAAAGAGGCCAAAGCGAUGCGUGAUGGCACGUACAAAGAGCAGGCCAGCCCCUUGCCUGGCCGCAAGACCGCCGCCGCAGGCACAGGCAUAGGCGCUGGCGCUGCAACACCAACCCGCAAGCGCAAGACACCCGCCACCCCGGCCACUCCUGCCACUCCGGCCAACGCUGGGGCUUCCACGAACACUGUUGGCGCCAGCGCAGGUGUUGGAUCUGGGCCUCCGGCUAAGCGUGCACGCCGUGUCGCCGAGGCCGUCGUUUCUAAUGGGGAGGACGGCGGCGAUGGCUGCAGCACGCUGGCCAGCGAGGAGGUCGAUUACGAGCUGCUCGACCUGACACCAGCCUCGACACCGUCGCACCGGAUGGCCAUGCCAUCCAACGUACCCUCGCUCCCCCUGGCGGUGUCGUCAGUUGGCCCAAUUACGCCGACCACGACUGCGUUGACGUCUGGUGCUGCCACAACGACAGCGUUCCUGCCAGACAGCACGCCGGCCCUGAGUGCAGGGGUCUCGCCGCCCGACCAGGCAUCGCCUGAUCAUCGCGACUUGGUCUUCCACACGGCCGUCCAGCACCAGCGGCAACCCGUCUUCUACCCUCGCUACGGCAAUGGCGGCAGCGUUGACAACAGCUUUACCAUUGACGACAGCAACGCCAACGAUAACCACCAAGGUCACAUGAACGACGACGAUGAUGACGAUGUUUUCAUCAUUGAUACGCCGAGCCGGGCGCCCAAAGUGCCCAAAAUGGAGCCGUCUGCGCCGCCAUCCACGGCCACGCUGCACCACAAUGUUGCAGACCAUGGCUGGGACAAUGGCAGCCACACGCUGAGCCAAGGAAUUACUCAGACCUACAGCCAGCCCCAGCCUCAGAGCCAGAGCCAGAGCCAGAGCCAGGGCCAGUUCUCGUUUGACGCGAGCGGCGCGGCAUCGUGGGCACCGCUGGACCUAUUCCCGGCCGGUGCCAACGACAUAGCCUCUGUGUCUUUUGGCGACUCAGGGUCCUUUUUUGACAACGAUGGCACCAUCUGA